GGCUUAGUCUAUUCUUUGAACUUGCUUUAACCUAUAAGCUGACUAACAUCAAACAAAAUAAGAAUACAGUUAUUUUUAGAGCGCUCUGCUUUUAAAAUUUUCAUUUUUCAUCCGUUUAUUUAUCUGCCUUAAAGGUAUGAGCUUAACUCCUUGCCUUUUCCAUAGACUUAUUUUUAUCAUGAAAUCAAAGCUGGCCAAGAACGUUAUUUUGACUGAGACCAAAAUUGAUGCCACAGUAUGUAAAACUUUUGAUUGAUUAUCCCAUAAACAGUUUCCCAAUUAGCUGAAAACCUAAAUAAAUAUCAAAGUGACAACUAAAAUUUAAUCAAAAUAGAAUCCAGAGAUCCUCAAGAUGGCCCAGUCCAACAGCAUGCCUGAUGACAAGUUUCUGUGGGAUGUAUUUCAGCGCAUUGACAAGAACAAGAGCGGCUUUAUUUCCGCCGAUGAACUGCAGGUGGCGCUUUCGAAUGGCACUUGGUCGGCCUUCAAUCCAGAAACAGUGCGACUGAUUAUUGGCAUGUUCGAUCACGAGUACCGAGGCACAGUUUCCUUUCGGGACUUUGGAGCAUUGUGGAAGUACGUGACCGAUUGGCAACAUUGUUUUCGCUCAUUUGAUACCGACAAUUCCGGCUAUAUCGAUAGGCAAGAACUGAAAAGUGCGCUCAGCACAUUUGGAUAUCGCCUAACAGAUCGUCUAAUUGAAAUCCUAUUACACAAAUUCGAUCGAUUCGGCCGGGGAAAUAUUCUAUUUGACGACUUCAUACAAUGUUGCAUUGUGCUGCACACGCUGACAACUUUGUUCAAGUCACACGAUACUGAUAUGAAGGGUGUCAUUACCAUAAACUAUGAACAGUUCCUCCGAAUGGUAUUGGCACUUAAAAUAUGACAGGGGUAUUUGUGCUCAAUUGAGGAAUUAAAGGGGUUUAUCAAAGCUGACUGGUAGAAAUAUAAAAUGGCCUACUUUUGGGCAGGUCUUUAUCGGAGUCUUAAAUGAGAGAUGCUCAGGUACAGACUUGAAUAAAUUUGAGAACCCCUAAACUUCCAAAUUUCUUUCAAUUGGCAGGCCAUUAUGAAGGAAGCAAGGCAAGUCGAAACCCAUGUCAAAAUUUAAUAUUUGCAUUAAUUUGAGUGGCUAAUAAUAAUAAAUAAUAAAUAAAUAUAAUAUGCUGAUUGCGAUCGUAAGCUAAGCAAA